CCACUAGUACUACUGCUAUUGAUAACAACAUGCUUUGCAUUUUCUCCACUCACAAUCUAUAUUCAUCACCUUCACUCACUGCGACUGCAUGGGCCUCAUCUAAAAGAGUUCACAUGGAGCCUUUUGCAGUCGCAGUAAUUUGGUGAACAAGCUACAACUUAAGGUAAUCAGUCAGGGUCCAUUUAAUGGAUUUUAGAUACAGUAAGAAACCUUUUAAUAACCCCAUGCAGCAUGCAAGAAAGGUUUGAUGAGCACUAUCCCUUAUACUGUAUGAAUGGAUUAAAUGAAGUGUGUUGCAGUCUCUUACUAUGUGACCUGUAUCUCUCCCAGCUCGGGGCUCCAUCAUGAAGCCGGCUGCACUGCUCCUCCUGCUGGCAGUUGCUGCCAGCCAGGUCGACCUCAAUCUGUCUAAAACGACCAACAUCAGCUCGUGUCCCAUCAGCUUUUAUGGACGCAGUUACACAUUCCUGGAUGUGACCAUCAAUUCAUCUAUUUCAAUGUGUUUUAAAAAUAACCAAUCUGACACCGCACAAGACUGUCUGAAGUUGGAAGAUGGAGGAGGUAUAUUAGAGGCUGCUGUGACGCCAGGUAAUGGGUCAAACGACAUCAAAGUACCCCCACACAUCGAUUCCAUUUCAACCUGCAGAAUUAUUAUACAAUACAAAGAGAAGUCCGACUAUGUGAUAAACUUAUGGUUCUACAACCUUGGGACACAAACAGUUGUGAGAUUGCAGGGGCUUCCGUUAUAUAAACCUGAUGCUAACAUGACUGCAACGGUCGAUAACUCAUCUGUGGGUUCAUGGUCGUUUACUAAUAAUCAGACUUCCAAAUCUGUUUUCUUUGAUGUAGGCGGAUGCAGAGUCUCAGAUGUCCUUUUCUUAGCCGGUUCAGAUAUUGAGACGAGCCCAGAAAACUGCUCCAAAGUCAUCUGUGAUGCGUAUGCAGCCGUCAGAACUGUCAGUACAUGUGGACCCACGGAGGUUUGCCAGGGCAACAACACGUGUGUACCCAUUUUCGUGUGCACUGUGACUGGCUCCACCGUCAUUGAUUUCCACGGCAGAGUCCAGUCUGUCGAGGAUCGGUGUGAGUACAGUCUGAUGAUGUCUAAUUCAAGUUUCUCCCUCACGGCGGGUUUCCGGGAGCAACGCCGUAAAGAUGUGUCAUUUUUGGACCACUUGACAAUCUCGCUGCCAUGGCCAGGUGUAAGAAUGUAUCUGGAACAAGGUGGAAGAGUUCGGGUUGGUAACAAAGCUCUGAUGCUCAACGCCACGGCUCAGCUGUUUCACGGUGUGGAGCUCUCCAAGGACCACACUGGAGUUACUGCCAAGCUGCCUUUCUCCAACAUGACAGUCUUUUUUGAUGGCAACACCGCACAUGUGUCCGGACCUGCUGAACCUCUAGGGGGCUUGUGUGGCAACCCCAUUAAUCCCAACAUCACCACCACCCUGCCUAGAGAGAAGAGCUCUUACAGUGCUGUUGGCUGUGAGAUUCAGCACAACGACACCGUCAACAGUACAAUCGACUGCGACCGCUCAACUGAACAAAUUGACUCUCACUCUUCCUCUCUGCAUGGCUGGAACAGCUGUAAUCUCACGAGGAAGGCACCCUUCGCUGCUUGUCACGACCACAUUGACCCAGAGCCGUACAUAACCGCCUGCACCAACACUUUGUGCAAUUACCCGUCGGCGGACGGUCUCAACUGCCAGUUUUUGGAGGCUUACGCCAAGGCCUGCAGCCUGAAAAGAGUCGGCAUACCAGAGGACUGGAGGUCAACGGCCGGCUGCCCUGCUGACCCUAAGGCCUGUCAGGACCAGUACUGCAGCGAUCAUGAGUUCUGCGGAGAGAAGCCCGGUGGAACUCGUUGCUUCUGUCGGGCCCUGUUUGCCUCCAAGUACAAACCAAGAAGUGCUUUAGGUGAGCCGACAGUCUGCAUGCAGAGCUCUGCCACUGUUACUCUGGCUGGAUGUCUGAUGGAGGACAAAGGCAUCGACUACUCCACCUUACACCUCAAAGACCCCAACUGCAAAGGUCACAUGGACGACCAGACCCACAUGGUGACUUUCAGCUACAACAGCAGCAACAUCUGCGGGACGGAGGUUAUGACGAACAACAGCCAAAUCAUCUUCAAGAACGCCAUCGUGAUGAGGAACAGAUCCAUGGACAUCAUCACCCGCAACGACCAAGUAGAGAUCGACUUCUCCUGCUUCUAUACAAAGCCAGACAUCAGGAGUGUGUCCUUCACGAUCAAAGACAGCUCGGUGGUGCAGCAGAUUGUAUCUGGAGUUUGGAAUUACACUCUGAUGAUGAAUGCCUACACCGACCCCGGCCGCAUGCAGCUUGUGGUGCCGAGCACCGAGAUCCAGCUGAACCAGAAGCUCUGGCUGGAGCUGAAGACGGAGGGACUGGACGGCAACAUGGUCGCCAUAGUGACCGACUCCUGCUGGGCAACCAGCCAGCCGUCACCUAAUAGUAGUCUGCGAUACGACCUCGUCAUUAAAGGAUGCCCGAACCCUGCUGACCAGACGGUGACCAUGGAGAGAAACGGACAGGGAACGUCCAGCGUCUUCUCUUUCAACGUGUUCCAGUUCUCUGGGGAAACUAAUGAACUCUAUCUGCACUGCAAACUGGAGCUGUGCCCCACACAGGGCCAAUCCUGUGCUCCGUCCUGCGGCGGAGCUGCUCGCAGGAAGCGCAGAUCUACCAGGUCUGACUAUGCAGGUGGAAACCCAGCCCUCAUCACUAUGGCCUGGAGCAAAUAGGUGAAGACAGCUCCCCUUUUGAUCGAUUACAUGGUGAUUCCUGAUUUAAGCUUCGUCCCGACAAGGAGCCUGAAAUCUCGCUGCUUUUGAAAGAAUGUUUGACGUUAUCGUUGCUGUGAAACAAUGCUGGCAGAUAUCAUCUUCAUUUGAGCCCCCUGAGAUGAUGGCAUAUAUUAUUUCUGCAGAACCUGUGGGGUGCUGAUUCAGUCCACUGAUGCAUAUAU